CGGGGCCCCUCCCUGGCGGGGAUGGAGCGCUCGUCCUCGCGCGGGCGGGGGUGGGGCCUCUGGACGGCCUGGCUGCUGGGGAGCCUUUUGGCAGGCGCAACUGAAACAGAAGAUCUGUCUGAAAAGUUGAGUGAAACUACUCUGCCAUUUACUAUAGAAAGCAGUUCUGCUCAUGUAAGCAGUGACAAACCUAAGGAGUCUAUACAGUACAGGACUGCGGAAAUUGCAGAUGCUAUGAUGGGCAGUGGCGUUCCUGAAGGACAGUCUGUACUUCUGUCAGUUAUUCCAGGUGAAACAAAGGAGAGACAUGUCUCAGAAUCUGAUUCUGGCACCUGUGAUGCAGUCAAUGGUGAAUGCAGCACCCAAGAUGUUAUUGCAUCUCUAUCUCAGCCUGGCUCUUCUGCUCAAGAGCAAAUAAGAGAGACAGCUGUAGUACUGGAGGCCGUGCAUCCUUCAUCGACAGAUGAGACUAAUAGCACAGAUGGUAUGAAAACUCCUAAAGUGAAUUGUGAAGAAAGGAACAUCACAGGGAUAACUAACUUUACGUUACAAAUCCUGAAUAUUUCUCAAGAUUUAAUGGAAUUCUUAAAUCCAAAUGGCAGUGACUGUACCUUAGUGCUGUUCUAUACCCCCUGGUGCCGUUUCUCUGCUAAUUUGGCUCCGCAUUUUAAUUCUUUGCCCCGAGCAUUCCCAACUCUUCAUUUCCUGGCCUUGGAUGCCUCACAACAUAGCAGUUUGUCAACCAGAUUUGGAACUGUUGCUGUUCCUAACAUCCUUCUUUUCCAAGGGGCUAAGCCUAUGGCAAGGUUUAACCAUACCGAUCGAACCCUAGAUACACUGAAAGCUUUCAUCUUUAAUCAGACAGGAAUAGAGCCCAAGACUGAUGUGGUAGUCACCGAGGAAGAUCAAGACGGCCCCCUGCCUAGCACUCUGACUAAAGGAAUAGACUGGCUUCUCUUAUUUUCUUUACUGUUUCUUAUCAGUUUCAUCAUGUAUGCUACUGUUCGGACUGAAAGCAUCCGGUGGCUAAUACCUGGUCAUGAUCAGGAGCAUCAGGAAUAAUUUGCAAUCUGAGAACUUUAUGCUUUGAGAACAAGUUAAAUAGCAUAAAAUUGUACUGUGGAUUGACUGUGAUUUCUUGUGAA